UGACAGGUCUUGUCUCACAGGACAGGCCUCACCUCACAGAAGUAGUACUUACCUCUUAUUAGUCUGUGCCUCACAGCUCAGUUGUGUUCUUUCUGUUAAAAUCGUAUUCGCUUUCAGUUUUUCUUAAAGCGGAUUGCUUUUUGGUUUAAGACAAUAAUAACAUUUCUCAGCUGACGGUAAUUCAUAUGCAAGAUGACGUACAUUUGUGUGAUUUGCACACUCCGUAAGCCGCCGCUGACGCCGCUGACCACGGAGCAUAGGCAGUUACUCGAGGCUAUUGUAUCUCCAACUAUUACCAUGGCUGACCUCACAGCUUGUGAAAUCAUGCUGUGCACCGAGUGCCAGGAGAAGCUGCAGUCCAUACAACAGUUCCAGAAGAUGGCGGUCGACGGCCUCACCAUACUCAAGUCGGUGCUUUCUAAAGUGAACAAUGCAACGGUACAGGAUCACAAAAUAAAAACACUAAUACAAAUGGGAGACGGCCGGGAACUACUUGUGAAUCCAAUAUCUGUUGUGGAAACAGUUAUAACAGAACCGGAAAUGGAAGAAUCAUCCAGUUCACAAUUCUCUGUCUCUUCGGCCAGACACCCCAACCCGUUUGCACAGAAGAUGCCUAUUACAUCGGAGCCACCUCCGACACGAAACCAGCCAUAUUUAGACGUUGAUUUUAAGCCUGAACCUCAACCCGAAUAUAAGAUGACUGAAUUUGAACCAGAACUAGAGUUGAAAUCAGAAUACGUUGAAUUUGAUUCUGAAUCUGAAUUUGAUAACGCUUCCUUGAGUCGAUCUGAGCAGUGCGACUCGAAAAAAAAAAAGGAAUGUGUCACCGGAGUAAAGAACAUUCCGUUACGUACACAAAUUAGGAGCACCUUGCAAACUAUUUGCGUUUAUAAGUCCAAUGAAAAUAAAUAUAAGCCUGAGAAAUUAAAACAAGCACAAAUAGCUCCAAAACAACCUAAAGCAGCAAAAGUAGGUAUAAUAGCUAGAGCAUUCGCAGCCAAACAAGCUAAGGCAGCAUUAAAAACUAGCGCAAGCGCAGUUAAAGAAGUCAACGUAGCUUCAGAAGAAGCACAUGAUACUAUAGAAGCAAAUGUUGCUUCAGAAGAAGCACAUGCAGAAGUAAACAUAGCUUCAGAAUCUAGUGAUGAUGAAGAUAAAGAAGUUAAUUUAGCUUGUGCAACUGAAGAGGCAAACGGAGCUGAGAAAGCGAACGAUACAAAUAUUACUACUGAAGCGAACGUAUCAGCUGAAAAGGAAAAGAAAAGAGAGAGUAAGAAGCCCGAGCGCGUUCAGUGCUCCCUCUGUGAUAAACUACUGUGCCACAACCGGAGUCUUCAGCAACAUUUCUAUCUACGGCACGCUGAGAUAGAUCCGGUCAAGUGCGAGUUGUGUCGCAAACAGUUCCGCAACGCAGGUGUGCUCCACUACCACCAGUGUCCGAAUAAAAAGGCCACCCCCAAGCCUGCACCGACGCAGUACUGUCAGGAGUGUUCGCUGCACUUCCCGAACCCCGCGCAGUACAAGGCGCACCUGUUGACCCUCAAGCACACGCCCAGGGACCUCUACAAAUUCGAGUGUGAGGUGUGCAAGAAGAGAUUCCGCCACAAGCACUGGAUGCGCGACCACGUCGACUGGAUACACCGCGGGCUGAAAAAGUAUUCGUGCGACAAGUGCGACUCGUCGUUCGGUGCGUUCACGUCUCUGCGGCGCCACGUCGCGCGCGCCCACGACAAGGUGGCGGCGCCGCGCGCCACGCACGUGUGCGACCUGUGCGGGAAGACGUUCAAGGUCAAGAAGUCGCUAGAGGAGCACCUGCUGACGCACUACGGGCUCCGGCCCUUCGGAUGCGCCUCCUGUCCCGCCACCUUCUCCUACCGCGCCGCGCUCUACACGCACACGCGGCUCAAGCACAGAGGGAACAAGAAGGGAAAGAAGGAACAAGAAGAUGACGAACAAAUGGAUGACAGUGAAGCUCCUCAAUACUUGGAAUUUACAUUUGAUGACUGAUAAUAAAUGAAUUACUGUGA